UGCAUAAUUAAUCUGAGCAUCAUUUAAAACCCUACUGGCAUAACAAAUAACAUGCAAAUUAUUCUCUCUUCAAGAACAACUAUAAUUGGAGAAGAAGUUAAAGCUUGCUUCAAAACAUGAAAAGCAUGCAAACAGUUUUCAUCCAUCACAAAAGUGUUUCUUUCACUAGUAAAUUACGGAGAGGUUUGAAAAUAUAGACAUGACACAUCUUUGAAAAUUAGCACGUGCAUUACAGACGGUGUCACAAAUACACACACGAGAAAAAUGAGGAGAGAGAAACUCUCCCAUGUCUCUAAAAUUUCAUCCAACUAAAGUUGGAAAUGGAUUACGGGCACCACACUCGCCGGAAUUAUUCCCGUCAAUUAGUGCACUCCGAUGAAUUUUGCCCAAGUCUUGAGAGCUGGUUUGAUUUACCGCCGCUAAUCCCAGGGGUUCGUCACAGGAGACAACCAAUUCAGGCAUACGACCUACACCCUCAAUCUCGAAGGGCAACAAUUAGGCAAAAAACAGUUGCUCCUUUCAAUCACCAAAUCUACAAAAAUUCUAAGUUCGUCAAACACAGAUGCAGGUUCCAAGCACCGUCCAAGGUCCACUCGAGCUGGCAACAGAGGCAUCAACCGAUCUCAGGCCGAUAUCAAGCGCCGCUCAACUCCUUCUUGGAGGAUCCGGAACCAUGGACCUCUGUCCACCACAAAAAUCAACACCGACGCCGACGCCCCAAUCAACACCUUCACCGGCGAAUCGGGACCGCCACCUGCAGAACACCGGGUACGUCGACCGUUUUUCCCCUUUAGCUCAGGAAGACGUCACUUCGAACCCUCUCUUACAUUCACAAAUAUCCUCCCAUGGUUUCCUGAACAACGGGUCACGCGAAAUCCAGAAAAUAAAGUCCAGACCUGCAAUCGGAAAAUCAACUAACCUAAAGGACGAAAGACUCCUUAUGCCAGGCCUGAUAUGUCCCAGCAUACCUGGUAGGGAAGUUACCAAAAAGGUGUGGUCAUCGGAAAACAGGGGCCUAAGCUCCCAGGGGGGCAUCGGGUAAAAUAAGGCUUUACUGGUUAAGUCUACAGAUUCUGUAGAACCAGGUUUAGUCGCAACUCCAGCUCACGGCGGAGCAGAAGAAUCGCCGGAAAUAAUACAAACCGACACUCAACCAAUUACGGUACCUGCGCAGGGAACCUCCAUCAAGAUAAGGCCAGAUAGCCUGGUGGAGAUAAAUAACCCCAUACAAAAAAUGGACUCUAAUCUUGAUGUGACAGAUAGAGAGUGGGGUUCUGUCCCAAUACUUGCAGAGAUCCUAUGCAUUUUUAGCAUAGUAACCCCUCAUAGCAAUUGACGGGAUUCGAAUCCGAGACCUAACCCUUGUGAUACUCUCUUGCUACCAGUUGAGUUACGUCCACCGGUACCCGACAACUUUAGUACGCAGACUAUCUUGGGUUGAAAUAGUGCUGCGGGUAGUAGACACAAGUGGAGUCUAGGCCAGCACAUCUCUUGCAAUCCAGCAAACCUCAAAAAAUAAAGAUACUAGUAUCUUAGACACCACGUACUCGACCAAAAAAAUUGAGUCAAUGCCCUCUCAAGCCACGCUAAAGGAUACUAUCAAUAAUUGUGAGAAGUUUCAUUUUUAGGGGGAAGAGGGUUUUGUUUCCAUCAAAAUAGAAUCAAAACUGUUCAGAUUUGCUGCCACAGAAAAUGAAAUUGAAAUUUUUGAGAUGCAAAAAUCCUUGCUAAGAAGGAUCAAUUUCAGAACACAUGCUGCUCCACAAAUCAACUGCCACAUUUUACAAAUCACAGGUCCAAAUAAUAAUAACCUCAUACAGAGCAGAAAAGUUGGGAAUAUCACAAUCUCCACUCAACUCAAAAAAUCUAGAUCUCAUCUGAAGAUUUCUAAAGAAAAUGGGACCUCCAUUGUAGUCCCCAUGGGCCCACUCAAUUCCAAUUUCAAUUUUUUUUUUGACAUUAUUCUCUAAUUUUGUUGAAUUAUCUUCUGAGCAGGAAGAAAUCAGUCAUGGGGAGCACACAGCAGGUGACUCUGAGGAAAUCACCAUUUCCAAACUCGAUUUUAACUAUGAGGUACAAAGAGCAUUCGGGAAUGUGUCAAAUGAGAUCGGAGAGGAGUUUGAUAUCCAUACCCCAACAAAAAUAACUGCUGAUGUCGACAACAUAGUGACAAUGGGGGAAGUUCAAAAAUUUAAGCCAACCCAUUUAACAUAUGACUCCACAGAAGGACUGAAAACUAGAAGUCAGUCAAAACGCUCCAAGAUGAGGAAGACUAUUUCCUCUACCCGGUUUACUCAAACUAUGACUCACCCCAAAAGCUAGCAACAUGUCUCGAACGUUACAAGUCGUCACACUCAGAAACAAAGUCUUACCCCCCUAUCUCCAAAGGGCUAUCCAUUUUCAGUCCAGGGGCGUAGCUAGGAUUGAAGGUUGAGCUGGGCCGGUACAAAGAAUUUUUCUGAUAAUUUUUUUUCACAUGAAUUUUUAGACUAAAAAUACAAAGAAUUUUCAAAUUUGGGGCGGGCCGUGGCCCGGUUGGCCAUCCCUCUAGCUCCGCCCCUGAUUUUCACCACAAAUACAAUUCGCUGCUCUCAGCCAAAGUGGGUGUGCCCACAACGUACAUUAUUUGUUAACUUUUUCCUUGCGACUUUCUCUUGUAAUUUCCAUUAUCGAUUUUUGUACUUACAAUCCUUUUUAUAAUAAAAUGGAAAGUAUUCCCCAGCGCUUUCCCCACUUUCAGUGGUAUUUUCGGGGAAAAAAAUAGCAUGUGCAUUACAAAGACCAAAAGACAUUCUUAUAAAAGCAAAC